GAAAGCUGAGAUGCUGGACCUGGUGAUCUUGGAGCAGUUCCUGGCUGUCCUUCCCCUGGAGAUGGAGAGCUGGGUGAGGGACUGUGGAGCGGAGACAAGUUCCCAGGCGGUGGCCCUGGCCGAAGGUUUCCUCCUGAGUCAGGCAGAGGAGAGAAAGCAGGGAAAGGAUCUCUUUGCACAAAUGGACCUGGAUUCCUGUGAGGCAGAGAGGCCUCCGUUGGACACCAGAGAGAGGCCACUGGGUGGCAGAAGGAUGCCGGCAAGACCUCCUGAUCCGCCUUUUCAUGGGGGCAGAAGGGAAGCAGCAGCUGUGGAACCAGAUCAGGGUCCAGUGUGCUUUGAAGAUGUCGCUGUUUGUUUCACGGACGAAGAGUGGGCGUUGUUGGAUCCUGAGCAGAGAGCUCUGCAUAAGGACGUCAUGGAGGAGAAUCGUGGGAUCAUGGCCUCUCUUGAUUGUGAUGAAACGGAAAUCGAGAACAAAGGUGACCACGACAAAAUCCCCAGAGAGGAGAAGCCACGCAAAAAUUUGGAGUGUGGAGAAAGCUGUAGUCAGAGCUCCCACUCCACUUGCCAUCAACAAAAUAUCAUUGGAAAGACACUCUAUCAGUGCAUGGAAUGUGGAAAGAGGUUCAGGAAGAGCUCCAUUCUCACUUACCAUCAAAGAAUUCAUACAGGGGAGAAACCCUAUCAGUGUGUGGAAUGUGGAAAGAGUUUCAGGCAGAGAGUCAGUCUCACUUCCCAUCAAAUAAUUCAUACAGGGGAGAAACCCUAUCAGUGUGUGGAAUGUGGAAAGAGCUUCACAUGUAGCUCCUCUCUCACUUCCCAUCACAGAAUUCAUACAGGGGAGAAACCCUAUCAGUGUGUGGAAUGUGGAAAGAGCUUCAGGAAAAGCUCCUCUCUCACUUCCCAUCACAAAAUUCAUACAGGGGAGAAACCCUAUCAGUGUGUGGAAUGUGGAAAGAGCUUCAGGAAAAGCUCCUCUCUCACUUCCCAUCACACAAUUCAUACAGGGGAGAAACCCUAUCAGUGUGUGGAAUGUGGUAAGAGCUUCAGGAAAAGCUCCUCUCUCACUUCCCAUCACACAAUUCAUACAGGGGAGAAACCCUAUCAGUGUUUGGAAUGUGGAAAGAGCUUCAGUAUGAGCUCCAGUCUCACUUCCCAUCAGAUAAUUCAUACAGGGGAGAAACCCUAUCAGUGCGUGGAAUGUGGUAAGAGCUUCACAUGUAGCUCCUCUCUCACUUCCCAUCAAAGAAUUCAUAUAGGGGAGAAACCCUAUCAGUGUGUGGAAUGUGGAAAGAGCUUCAGGAAGAGUGCCCAUCUCACUUCCCAUCAAAGAAUUCAUACAGGGGAGAAACCGUAUCAGUGUGUGGAAUGUGGAAAGAGCUUCAGGAAGAGUGCCCAUCUCACUUCCCAUCAAAGAAUUCAUACAGGGGAGAAACCCUAUCAGUGUAUGGAAUGUGGAAAGAGCUUCAGAAAGAGCUCCUCUCUCACUUACCAUCACAGAAUUCAUACAGGGGAGAAACCCCAUCAGUGUGUGGAAUGUGGAAAGAGCUUCACUCACAGCCACAGUCUCACUUCCCAUCAAAGAAUUCAUACAGGGGAGACACCCUAUCAGUGUGUGGAAUGUGGAAAGAACUUCAGGAAGAGCUCCUCUCUCACUUUCCAUCAAAGAAUUCAUACAGGGGAGAAACACUAUCAGUGUGUGGAAUGUGGAAGGAGCUUCAGGAAAAGCUCCGAUCUCACUUCGCAUCAAAGAAUUCAUACAGGGGAGAAACCGUAUCAGUGUGUGGAAUGUGGAAAGAGCUUCACUGAUAGCUCCUCUCUCACUUACCAUCACAGAAUUCAUACAGGGGAGAAACCAUAUCAGUGUGUGGAAUGUGGAAAGAGCUUCCGUCAGAGCUCCGAUCUCACUUACCAUCACAGAAUUCAUACAGGGGAGAAACCCUAUCAGUGUGUGGAAUGUGGAAAGAGCUUCCGUCAGCGCUCCGUUCUCACUUCCCAUCAAAGAAUUCAUACUGGGGAGAAACCCUAUCAGUGAAUGGAAUGUGGAAAGAUCUUCACUGUUAGCUCUAAACUCACUUCCCACCAAAGAAUCCAUACAAAGGUUGGAAAAACCAUUAUACAGCUUUAGGAGCCAGGCAAAUCCGCACCUUUUUAACCAGGCCUUUUUCUUAUUGACAUCUAAUGCUAUUUUAACAUGUGAUGUUUUGUGUUUUUAUGUUGUGUUUUUAUGCUCUAAGCAUUCUGAGACCUGUGGGUGUAGGGAAUACAGCCACUCUUAAAUUCCUUGGGGUCUUUGCCCCCUCCUAUAAAAUAUUUGAGGAGGCCACC